AUGAGUUCAGCCUUUAAUAUGCAUAAACUGGUGUUUCGUAAUUUGAAUGCUGGAAAGUUCAUGUUUAAGAACCUCCCCUUAUGGAGGUCUAAAACUAGUAUUAAGCUGGGAGUACCCUUUACCCGCUCUAUUGGACUAGCCACUGUUGGUGUCGCUGCUAGUGGGCUGCUAUUGAUGAAUUACCAACCUUCAAGGUUGAUAUUCAAUGAUUCUUUGAGUGGGGCUGCGAAGCAAGAUAGCAUUCUAGAACCCUGGGAGCCCAAGGUAGCCAAUGAUGUGGCUAUGACAGAGGAGAGAAGGAACAAAAUAAGUAGCAACAAGCAGAUGUUUUUAGGAUCAUUGUUUGGUGUAGUUUUAGGUGUCACAGUGGCUAAGAUAUCUAUUUUGUUUAUGUAUGUGGGUAUCACAAGUAUGCUACUUUGUGAAUGGUUAAGGUAUAAGGGGUGGAUUCGAAUCAAUUUGAAAAAUAUCAAAUCCGUUAUUGUUUUAAAGGACGUAGAUUUGAAGAAAUUGCUUAUUGAUGGGUUAUUAGGUACAGAAUAUUUGGGCUUUAAAGUUUUCUUUACAUUGAGUUUUGUACUGUCAAGCUUAAACGCCAAUAAAUAA